CCUAAGCGUCUCUCACGUAAGGGUCUAAUUUUGUUUUAGUGUUGCCCUGCUUCAACGAGUUCUCUUGUAGUUGAAAUCACUGUGAAGAAACACAAUACUUAUUGAGUUUUCCGUCAUGAAAAACUCUGCCAACGUUUGUCUUGUGCUACUUCUUACGUGUUUGGUUCCAGUUCGAGCAGAAGCAGAUGAAAGUAAAACCGACUGGUCGUGCUUGGCAGGCUAUGCGGUUGCGGGCAUAGCAGGAGGUACUCUAGCUGUAGCUGCAACACCUAUUGUUCUUGGUGCUGCUGGAUUCACUGGUGCAGGAGUUGCUGCUGGUUCGCUGGCUGCUGGAGUCCAGUCUGCAGUGUAUGGGGGAGCUGUGGCUUCAGGAAGUGUGUUUGCAGGCCUUCAGGGUGUUGGCGCAGCGGGCUUAGGGGUCGCGGCAAAGACUGCCGUCUUUUCAACUGGUGCAGCAACGGCAGCUUACGUCAAGGACAAACUUGCUCCAUGUGCCGAAAGACCAAAAUGCUCUAAAGAUUAGAAGUAAUUGCUUUAAUGGUCUUUAUUGACUUUCGUAUCUCAAGAAUAUUGUAAAUGAUUGCUAAAGGAAAUUAAGUCUUUAUGUUAAGGGGGUAUGUUUAGUAGAGUACAAACACUAAAAAUAUGCACCACAUUUGCUCUAGGCAUAUGAUACCAUUGGUUCAGAUGGUUGGUCGAGUCAUUACACGUACUAACCCAGGAUAGAGUUAGUAGACUACCAAGACUGGAGUAGUAGCAGGCAAUAUCUAAGUUUAUUGCUUCUCAUUUCACUAACUAUUCACUAACAUUCAGUUAGUGUAUCACGGGUUGAAUGUAAUGACUUUAGUAAGCAACUGGGUAACAACAGAACUAGCCUAAUUUACAAGUAUCGAGGGGAAAUAAUGUUGCAUACCUUUAGUGUUUGUGGUCUUGAACAAAGACAAAUGACAGUCUCAAAUUGGUCAAGAUUUCCAUGGUUUUUAUUGGAAUGCAUAAUACGGAUUUCGAACUCAUAUAAAUAGUAAUGUUUAUAAUACUCCAGGAAGAAAUCAGGAACAACAACAUGCAUGGCGCCAAAUAAAAAAAAAAUAAUAUAAUUUUUCCAUACUUCUCUAAGCGAGUUACCUGUCUUACCGGCCUAUAGACUCAAUCUUACUGCACGUGAGGGUUCAUGCUCAAAGUAAUAAAUUUAUUGGUAAUAAACUGCUGAUUAGUUAAUUACGAAA